UAAUUAUGUGAAAAGAAAAAUGUCAUGAUGGUGUGUGUGUGUGAUGUAUCCUGAAUAUGAACUAUACUCAUGCCACUACAAAAGAAAUCGCUACAAGAGUUGUUAAUGGGCCUCCUGUCUCAUGAGGCUAAGUUCAGUAGAAAUUAAAUAAAUUCGCGAAUUGAGCACGCAACCACAGAUGGCACGAUCGAUAAGUCGGCGAAAUGUCGUUCGUGAAUUAUUAUUACUUACUAAUUUGAUUUAGGUACCUUAGUCUGAAAUUUAUUGAUGAGUGCAAAUCAUUCUUAGAAAUGACAAAGUUGAAAUGCGACCUUCUCUUGAUCAUUAAUAUUAAACAAAAUCUUUACUGCAUUACUGAAAAUAUCAUCACGACAUAUUUUUAACGUUCAUUUAAUUUCACGAUUGUUUCCAAUCGUUGUCUCAUUUCUUUUGUUGACGACAAUGAAGACAUCGCAGUUUUAUAUUAGCCUCGGAUAUUUAUAAAAGCUGUUUGUUUGAAGUUUAAUCGCGUCUGUUAUUUUGGGGAGCGAGUAGAUUUGCGAAGUCAAACCGUUGUCUAACGAUUGGGCACGGCAGGCUGUCACGCGACCGCGACACGCCGUUCAACCCGCACUGGGAUUCAUUUUUACCAAGUCAACUAUAAUAAUUAGGUGGCAGAAGAUUUGUGUAGGUAUAUGAGUACGUGAGUGAUCGCGUGUGUCCGCAGUAGACUGAACGCCGCGUACGCCGGUAGCGGUUGCGUAGUUUUUCUCGUGGCGCGUCACAGGGUGAGAUCGGAAGCGAAGGUUGCGCCCGUGACCGCGCCCGCCGCGCCGCCGCCGCGCAGUGUCGCUCCGCGCUCGCUGCUCCUCGGACCUCGACCCGCGGGAGGUCGCGUCCUGCUGCGACGGUGAAGUGAUGUGCGCGUAGCCGACGAUGUGCCCCCGGCGAGUGAGUGUUGUGAGAUGCACGCGAGGUGACCGCCCGCGCCGGCCCGCGCGACCGUAGCCAUGUGGACUCUGCUGCUGCACACCCUGGCCCUUGUCGCUCUCGGCGGAGGGGCCACCUUCACCCCCAACAAGGAACUGCUCGAGUGCGCGAGCCAGAUCCUGUACAUGGACCAGCAUAUCUACCAGAUACCAACAAACUACAAUAGGAACAUUCCGCCUGGGAAAAACACCACCGUGUACAUAGGUGUGAACGUCAACAGGGUGUCCGGAGUUGAUGAGAACAAAGGGGAGAUAACAUUGGACAUUUUCCUGCAAGUAUCAUGGGAGGAGCAUCGGUUACACAUUCCGAAGAACACGCCGUUCAUCGACCUGCCAUGGGAGUACCGGCAGCUGAUCUGGACGCCGGACCUGUACAUCUGGCAGCUGCAGACCAUGAGGAUCCUCUCCGUGCUCCAGGAGAUGGCGUCACUUAGGCUGUAUUCCAAUGGCACCGUCUCAGUCAGUAUUGGUGCUACCAUCACAAUCAAGUGCGAGAUGGACUUCGUUCUGUAUCCAUUGGACGUGCAGAAUUGUGCAAUAGACUUCAGUAGUUAUAAGUACACAACACAAGACGUUCGGUUCGAGUGGCGUGACGUGGCGUCGUGGUUGGGCCUGGGUCUGAUUAGCGAGCAACGCAGCCACUUCCGACUCCCCAAAUACGUUGUGACGUUCGUCACGGACAAAAGUAAACAUAUUCGCAAUUUUGGUGAAGGCGAGCACUCAGCAGCUCGUCUGCAAAUCAAACUAUCCAGAGAGCUCCGGAGCUAUCUCCUGGAGAGCUACCUGCCUUCCUCCCUGUUCGUGAUCAUCUCCUGGGGCAGCUUUUGCGUCAUCCCGGAGAUCGUGCCGGGUCGAAUGGUGCUGUUAGUGACCACGCUGCUCUCGCUGGUCACCAUGUUUGACACAGUCAGCACAAAUUCUCCAGAUGCACUCGAGCUGAAGUGCAUAGAAGUUUGGCUGAUCUCGUGCACUUUGUUCGUGUUCUUCGCACUCCUGGAGUACUUCGUCGUGCUGUUUGGAAUUCGGUACGACAAGAACUGGAGCAGGCGACGGCAGGACCUAAGAAGAGCGGCCUCAGCUGCCCAGCUCGCGCCGCCGCCCUUACAUAUCAACCACUCACAGAGGUUAAGCACCCCUGUGACGGGUACACCGCAAGGCGGUGUCUUCUCCCCGCAACUAAGCGUCGAGGACGAAGGCCUAAAACAACAGUUCUCCCACCAGACCAUCCAAAGGGAUUCCCCCAUUUUGGAGGCAAUGGCCAGUGGUGAUCGGCCGACUGGCGCCAUGGCGCGUAUGUCGGCGAUGGUGUAUGACGGCGUCAUGUUCUGUGGCGCCCAACAUGGUACACUAGACCGUAUCGCCCUUAUUCUAUUCCCAGUAGGUUUCUUCCUUUUCAAUAUCAUCUACUGGACAACAUACCUCAGUGAAGCGUCACGAGAUAAAUAAGUGCCGGAGAAGUUCCUGUGAAUGUGACUUAUACUUUGCAAUAUCACAGACGAGAUGUGAUUAUAGUGCCUCAGACUUUGUAAUAUAUUUAUGUAAAUAUUAGACAAUUGCUAGUCUACUUACGGAUAGUAGUGUGACCCUUUGAGCGUUAUUAAUUAUUUAUAAGAAAUCAUCAAGUAUUUAGAUUUAAAAGAACAAGCACAUGCUGUGUCUACAUCAGCAACAAGAUCGUGUGAACAACGCUUUACCAAACUGAAAGUUGCUACGUUUGUCGCUGAUGGGCAAGGAAUAAGUAGGUACCAUGUAAUAAUCACGAUACCUUAACAUUUAUGGGACUUACCAAUGCUUUGGCCAUACCUAUGGAAUAAGGACAGAUUUACUAAUAUGAUUACCUAGGCUAUGGUUUAACACUAAAUUCAAAACUUAUUAAAGUUUCAAUAUCUAAAUCUAGCGUACCUACUGGCUAACAUAUCAGAACGAAAAUGUGAUAAAUAUUUUAUUUGAUUAUUUUCGUAUUUUAAAAUUACACAAAUUGUUAUUAGAAUACCUACCUAAUUAGUGGGCUGAGUGGGACCAUAACUUAGCUUGGUAAUAUUUAAAAAUAUUAACUCAAAAGAUGCCUUUUCUUUUAAAAUGUUUAUUUUAAAAUAUCUAUUGUGAAUUUUAAUGUUCGACGUAAACAUUUACUCAUCAAUUAAGAUGUGUGAUGUCGUUUACUGUACUAGGUACAUUUUAUUACCAACUUUAUAUCAUGGUAACAGACCCCAUAGUGAUUAUUAAUAAAUACCUAAAUGGUUAAGCUUUUAAAGUUAACUAAUUAAAAUACAAACGCCUUCAUAGUUCUAAGAUCAGUUCAUUAAAUAUAAGAUUUUGAAAUGUAGUGCUUAUUUUGCAAUCACAUUUCUAUAAAAUGUAAUUCCUUUGAUAAUAAGUGAUAGAAAACUUUAAAAAAUUAUGUCAUAGGCGAAUUACUUCUAUGAGAAAUGUAAUUAUUGAAAGCAUUAUCAAGCCAUCGGCCCAUAUUACAGAAAGAAACUCAAAACUCGUUUUAAGCAGAUCCAAGAUCCGUUGAAUUUAAGUGAAUAAGAGCAAACACUAAAAAGCUCCAGAUUAAAACUAGUUUUAGUUAGUUUCGUACCUAAUCAAGCCUUAAAUUACUACUCCAGUGAUUAUCCUUUUGAGUGAUUUCAGUACCUCUAGCACGAAAAAUUACGUCUUCGAAUCGUUUGCGUAUUCGACAAAAUUCGAUACCUAGCCUUCGAAUUCAACGAUAACGUGACGAUAUCGAUUGUAAAAAAUAAUUUCGUGCUAUCAUUUCCCAUACUUAGUUUCACGUCACGUUCACAGGGGCGCUGUUUAUGUUUUCAUACUAAAUCUUUUGAUGGCGAUUCUAAUACGCAAACAAUUCGAAAUUCGAAGUCAAAAGUUUUUGUG